CCUCCUCCCUGCGCACCCGGCUCCCGGUCCCCGGGCUCGCGGCUGCGGCUUCUGCUCCGGGAAGCGGCGGCGGCGGCGGCGGCUGGAGCGGUCAUGGAGGCGGGCGCCGGAACCAGCGCGGGAGCUGCGGGCUGGAGCUGCCAGGGCCCAGGACCCACAGUGACCACUUUAGGCUCCUAUGAGGCUUCCGAGGGCUGUGAGAGGAAGAAGGGCCAACGCUGGGGGUCCCUGGAACGACGGGGGAUGCAAGCUAUGGAGGGGGAAGUGUUACUCCCAGCUCUCUAUGAGGAGGAAGAGGAAGAGGAGGAAGAAGAGGUGGAAGAAGAGGAAGAACAAGUGCAGAAAGGUGGCAGUGUUGGCUCCCUGUCGGUCAACAAGCACCGGGGCCUGAGCCUCACGGAGACAGAGCUGGAGGAGCUGCGGGCUCAGGUGCUGCAGCUGGUGGCAGAACUGGAGGAGACCCGGGAACUGGCAGGGCAGCAUGAGGACGACUCCCUGGAGCUACAGGGGCUCCUGGAGGAUGAACGGCUGGCCAGCGCCCAGCAGGCAGAGGUGUUCACCAAGCAGAUCCAGCAGCUCCAAGGUGAGCUGCGUUCUCUGCGGGAGGAGAUUUCCCUAUUAGAGCAUGAGAAAGAAAGUGAACUUAAGGAAAUAGAACAGGAACUACAUUUGGCCCAGGCUGAGAUCCAGAAUUUGCGGCAAGCAGCGGAGGAUUCUGCAACUGAACAUGAGAGUGACAUAGCGUCCCUGCAGGAGGAUCUCUGCCGGCUGCAGAAUGAACUUGAAGACAUGGAACGCAUUCGGGGAGAUUACGAGAUGGAGAUUGCCUCCCUCCGUGCAGAGAUGGAAAUGAAGAGCUCUGAAACAUCCAAUAGUUUAAGUCUCUCAGAUUUCUCUGGGUUGCAAGAAGAACUUCAGCAGCUGCGGGAACGCUACCAUUUCCUGAAUGAGGAAUACCGGGCCCUGCAGGAGAGCAACAGCAGCCUCACGGGGCAGCUCGCAGAUCUGGAGAGUGAGAGGACACAAAGAGCAACAGAGAGAUGGCUGGAGUCCCAAACACUAAGGAGUAUGACGUCAGUAGAGUCUCAGACUUCAGAAAUGGAUUUCCUAGAGCCUGAUCCUGAAAUGCAGUUGUUACGGCAGCAGCUAUGGGAUGCUGAAGAGCAGAUGCAUGACAUGAAGAAGAAGUGUCAAGAGUUGUGUUGUGAGUUGCAAGAGCUACAGCAUCAUCGCCAGGUCAGUGAGGAGGAGCAGAGGCGGCUGCAGAGGGAGCUCAAGUGUGCUCAGAAUGAGGUGCUUCGGUUCCAGACCUCCCACAGUGUCACCCAGAACGAGGAGCUGAAGUCCAGACUCUGUGCCCUGCAGAAAAAAUAUGAUACUAGCCAGGAUGAGCAGAAUGAGCUCUUGAAGGCACAGCUACAACUUCAGGCUGAGCUCCGGCAGCUCAAAGUCAUGAAAUUCACACUUAUAGAAAACCAGAGUGAGAAGGAGUUACUGUGCCGGCUGCAGAAGCUGCAGCUCCAGCACCAGAAUGUCACAUGUGAGAAGGAAAAGCUGCUGGAACGGCAGCAGCAGCUGCAGGAGGAGCUGCAGUGCCAUGAGGCAGAGCUGCAGCAUCUCAGGGAUAUGGCAGCCUCCUUCAGAGAGAGCAACGAGAAGAACACAGAGACCCAUGCCCAGCUUCAGGAGAUGAAGCAGCUGUACCAGGCAAGCAAGGACGAGCUGGAGCGGCAGAAGCACAUGUAUGACCAGCUGGAGCAGGACCUCCUGCUCUGCCGGCUGGAGCUGAAAGAGCUCAAGGCCUCCCAGCCCAUUCCAGAGGACAAAGGAAAGUGUGCUAAUAAGUGUGACACACUGCUGUCCAGACUGACAGAAUUGCAGGAAAAGUACAAGGCCAGCCAGAAGGAGAUGGGGCAGCUGCAGAUGGAGCAGUGUGAGCUCCUGGAGGAUCAGAGGAGGAUGCAGGAGGAGCAGGGCCAGCUGCAGGAAGAGCUGCACAGGCUCACACUGCCACUGCCCAAGAGUGGCCUCUUACUCAAGAGUCAGGAGCUACUCACCAAGUUGGAAGACCUGUGCGAACUGCAGCUGCUCUACCAAGGCAUGCAGGAGGAACAGAAGAAGCUGAUACGGAACCAAGACUGUGUAUUGAAAGAACAAUUAGAGCUACACGAAGAGCUGCGACGUUUCAAAGAAUCUCAUUUCCAGGAAGUGUUGGAGAAUCCAGAUGAUUCCAAAUUGGCUAAGUCCUCAAAAUGUGAUCGAAACAAGUCAUCCCCUACCCCCGAUCCCCCCAUCUUCUCCUUGCCUCUUGUAGGCCUGGUGGUCAUCUCGGCUUUGCUCUGGUGCUGGUGGGCUGAGACGUCGUCCUAAUGCAGGUACUGGUAUUGCUUCCUGUCCUUCUGAGGGAUAGAGGGAGGGUGCAGGUUGCCCUGGCCUCUCCUCUUUCCCUUUUCUCCCAGCUGCUCGCUUCUUGCUUGUGCCAUUUUACAAUAGGUGAUGCUCAAGUCUGAGUUUUAGUUCUGACUUUUCCUUGGGCUACUGCAAAGCCUGUGACAUCUUGGAGCAUGUCUUCAUAAUGCAUAGGAGGUUGGAAUGUUUGCCAGAGACAUGGUUUGAGUUUCAGUCGUUGGCUGGGAAAAACUUGGAUAAGCCCAGCAUGGUUGCCACUGUCAAAGCUGCCUCACUACUUCUUUUUCCCCCUCAUCCUCUGUGUGAUGGCAAGCCUGACCACUUCUGAUGAGCUGGUAUUUGUCUGCCAGGCUGGCCUGGGCUCUCUUUGUCUUUGUUUAACCCCAGAGCCAAGUUCUCACUACUGUUGCUACCCAGGAUGGCAAAAUAAGGAAUCCCUCUUCUGUUGGGAAGAGAAGAGGUCCGAAGAGCUAUGAUCCUCAUGAUCCUCCCAGGGGCAUUGGUAGGAGGGCAACCUAAGUUGGUCCUUCAACCUUGGUGAAAUGGAACUGAACCCCUACUGUGUUACUCUGCACCUUCUACUGAAUGGUUUUCUGCUUCUGGACUUCCAGUCUCCAGAAAAGUCAGAACAGAAUGCCGGGAAAUAUUUUAUUAGUUCUCUGUUUAUUUCUUUUGUGGGCCAGAUUCCAUGGUAAUUGGCUUCCCAAGCUAGGUCUGGAGAGAACGUGGUAUUAGUGAAAAGUUUCUGCUAGCCAAAGAUGUGUGUUCUGAGGAAAUCAAGACUGAUAUAUUCUAGCCACUUUCCAGUUGGCCCUCACACAUGUAGACUGUCAACAGGAUACCAACUUCAGGAGGCAGAACGUGCUCCUAUGGCCUAAGGUAGAACUGGGGUUCCACUUGCCUUCUGGAACCCAUAAGGUGUUCUUUGUAGUCCUGCGUUGGCUCCUCCCUCAUGCCCUCCCUGCCAUCCCCUCCACUCCCCUCUCUUCUCACAUUCCUGUGAAUGGAGUGUAGCAGGCUUGACGGGCAGGGUGGCAGCUGGAGCAUUUGUUGGUAGCACUUCUCUCCCAUUUCUUUUUCUGUGCUUCCUCCUGCUCCCUCCCCAGAUUUUCUGUUACUCAUCUUCAAGCCUCCGCCUUUCUUCUUGACUUUAGGUAUUCCCUUUACUCCCUGGGCCAGAACUGCUUUAGUGACGGGGUCCCUCUCUAUGACUAUUCCUUCCCUGUGCACUCCCAGAAGUCUUAAGGCCCUACAGGCGAGACCCAAAGCAUUCAGCCACAGCCUUCCACCAUGGCAGACUAAGCCCAGCCCAACCAGAGGGAGAGGAAGAACUGCGGGUGAAGGGUUCUCCCGGUGGGGCCUGUUAUCCCCAGAGCUCCAGGGGCCUCGACAUGCAUCUGUGCAGCCAAGACCUGAGGGAGCACAGUGUGGUAGCAAACGUGGCUGCCAGGUGGUCGGAAGAACUUGGUCCAGUCUGUACCUACUGACAGGCAUUGUCCCAGAGAGUAAAAUGUACUCUCUGAACUCUAGUUUCUUCAAAUGUAAGCAAAGGAUGAUCAAACCUCUGCCUGCCUCAUAGGUUUUUGUCAGGACCAGACGAGUUAAAGUAGAGGAAAGUAUUCUAUAAAUUAUAAAAUACCACAUCAAUAAUUAAAAGAGCACACACUUACAAAAUGCAUUUUAUGUGUCAGGUACUGUUCUAAUAACUUUACAUAUAUUAACUGAUUUGAUCCUUGCAACUACCCUGUGAAGAAGCUAUUCCUAUUAUUCUUUUAUAAUGAUUAAACUAAUGCAUAGAGAGGUUAAGUAAAACAGCAAGGAAGCUGCAAAUCAGAUUAUAAGGACUCAAUAUUAGCCACAGAUAAGACUCCAGUCUUGCUUCCCCUUAUCGUCUCUCCUUGAUUUGAGCAGUUUCCCUUCCUUGGUCCCAAGUAGGAAGACACCAUUCUUCUGUUUAGGCAACGUCAGGUCACCUUAACUCUUUGGGUAACUAAUAUAUUAUUAACUUAUUUCAUGUGUUAUUUACAAGCCCCUCUGCAGAUGGUGUAUGCUGAGCAUCCUCUCCCCAUUCUGUACCUGCAUUUGAUUUUGAGGCUUCAAAGGCAGAAUUUUCUAUUCUUCACCAUUAUAGUUUAUUGUUCUUACCUUAUGAGGUUUUGUGUGUGUGUUUUUAAUCUUGACCCUGUGGUUUUAAAAUACUCAUUGUCUCUGCCACCUUCACGUCAUCUACAGGGGUGGCAAGCCCGCCUUCCCUGUCUUCAUCUAGUAGCAAGUGAGGACAGAGCCUCUGGAGUGUUGUCUCUCAGGGUUCUUUUAUUCAGCUCAUUGGUCACUUACCUGUCAUACCACAACCUGUGCUGUCGUGCUACCCUUAUUUCUGCGUAUUAUCUGCAAAGAUAACACAGAAAAUCCUAUCAGACAACUCACGUCCAAAAACAUGAUUCUAGGGAUUUGUUACUUCGGUCAACUAGUUUAAAAGGAAAGUUUGACACAACUUACCCCUUUGGGACACCCACACCAGCCCUUUCCCCAUCCCGUGUAGAAGCUUGCCUCUGCCCAGUGUGAAGUGCACCCUUCACAUUGAAGGAUUUCAGCUCCCCACUCCUUUCAGAACAGACUAACAUUCUUAGCAAUGCACAUUAGGAGAGAAACAUCUGAGCUUGUAAAUAUUUUUUCCUAGCUAGCUCCCUUCUUAGUUUUUGUUUUUGGUUUUAGAGACAGGGUCUCGCUCUGUCACCCAGGCUGGAAUGCAGUGCCGUGAACAUGGCUCACUGUAACUUUGAACUCCUGGUCUCAAGCGAUCCUCUGCCUCAGCCUCUGGACCUCUUGGUUUUCUUACAUGAGUUACUCUGUGUAUCCACCUCUAGCACUGUUUGGCUUUCCAUUUCAUAUCUUCUGUUGUUCUUAGUAGCUAUUUCUACAAGCUCAGGAGAUUUUCUUUGUUCUUUAUAGCAGGCUUAAAAUCCUCUUAUUUUAAGAUCAGUUACCAUCUGAGCACAUGUGUUCUUAGCAUUAAUGGGCUAUAGUCCAUUUUUACUCAAAACCAUCCUUCUGUUACCUGAUGCCACAGCUUAUGACUCAAUCCAAAUUCUACCUUUCAGGUAGUACAGUUAUAAAAAUAAAACCUAUUUCCCAAGUAUGUAUUUUCUUUUCUAAGAUUUUCAUAUUCCCCAAUGAAUGCCUUUUGGAUAUUUUCUGAUGGUGUCACUUGUCCCAUGAAUCAGCAGGGUUCACUAGUGGCCAGCAGUGUCUGGAAGCCUCAGCACACUCUAGCAAAUUCACCAGGAAGUCAGUCAACCUAUCUGCUAACUGGGACUAUUUUAAUGACCCAGGCCCAGUGACAGGUUUCCUUAGAUUUCCUUGAACCAAUGUCAUUCUCCGUCAAAGUCUGUCUGCCUAAGAGCCUCUUACUGACCUGCACUCCGUGGCGCGCGUUCUUCAUUUCUCCCUCUGUCUUAUCCGCCCUUCCCCAUCCUCUUGACUCUGAGUUCACUACAGUGAAGCUAAUGAGGUGCUGCUGCUUUUCCCAAAGGCCCAGAUUUACCCUCCUUUGUCUUGCCAUGGCAUCUGGUCCUUUCUCAUUGCAACCACUGGGAAGUCUGGCCCCUGGGCCUGCUUCUCCUGGGAGCUAGUGUUCUCAGCCCAUGGGGAGAAACGGAGGCCUGGAUACAGGCAGCCACCUAAGGUGGUACGUACAGUGUUGGGCCACAUGUCUAGUGGUGCCAGGACUGAGAGAGCACCUAUCUCCACCGGUUACCCAGGAGGUAAGAGAGACUGAUCCACAAAGUUCCUGAGGUGUCUCAGGCACCCAUAAGCAGGUGAUUUCUGGCUUAGGGCAGGGUUCAGGAGGCUGGGCACUCACAGUUUCUCUUUGGUCCCCACAGAACAUGUUUGGGUUGUGGAAGCCUAUGGUAUUCUUGGCUAUUGCAGCUGUGGCUCUGUAUGUGUUACCCAACAUGCGACAGCAGGAGUCAGAGUUCUGCCUCAUGGAGUGAUGGCAGACCUUGGCCAGCGCGAGGGCAGAUCCCCAGUGGCCACCACCCUCAGCUUUGGGCAGGACACACUGUGCCAGAACCCUCCCCGUAUGUUCCAUGUGUCCCCAUCUCCUCAGCCUCAGUCACCUAGGCUGGAAAGUCUUGUGGGGAGUGCUAACUCCCAUCUCCUGCCUUGUAUAAGAACCUGAGUUCCUUGUAAUUAAAUAUCAACUGAAUUACA